UUAUUUCGUGUCAAUUGUGUUACUUAGUCUAUGGCUCAUAAUUCGAUUGAAAGAGCGUAAAACUCAACGUCACAUCUGUCAAAAGGCAAAACAGAAAUACGGCUAGUCAUCCCUAACUUAUUUUCAGUUUAUUUCAUUAAAUAAUCAAACAAAAUGACUCAAAUGGAUGCUGAACGUGAGAAAAGUCUUCAAGAAUACCGGAAAAAACUAUUAGAACACAAAGAAGUUGAGUCUAGGUUGAAAGAAAUGCGAGAACAGCUAAAAGAUUUGACAAAACAAUAUGAUAAAUCAGAAAACGAUCUCAAAGCUUUGCAGAGCAUGGGCCAAAUUGUUGGAGAAGUAUUGAAACAACUAACUGAAGAAAAAUUUAUUGUCAAAGCUACUAAUGGCCCUAGAUAUGUAGUCGGAUGUCGUCGUCAAUUAGAUAAAUCAAAAUUGAAAGCAGGUACAAGAGUUGCACUAGAUAUGACUACAUUGACCAUCAUGAGAUACCUACCUAGAGAGGUAGAUCCUUUGGUGUACAAUAUGAGUCAUGAAGAUCCAGGUGAUGUUACUUAUGCUGCUAUCGGUGGUUUAUCUGAACAAAUCAGGGAAUUGAGGGAGGUGAUUGAAUUACCUUUACUGAAUCCUGAACUGUUUAUGAGAGUUGGAAUAACACCGCCAAAAGGUUGUUUGUUGUAUGGACCUCCUGGUACUGGAAAGACAUUAUUAGCUCGAGCUGUAGCAUCUCAGUUAGAUGCAAAUUUCCUGAAAGUGGUUUCUAGUGCUAUAGUUGACAAAUAUAUUGGGGAAUCUGCAAGACUUAUCAGGGAAAUGUUUAAUUAUGCAAAAGACCAUCAGCCUUGUAUAAUAUUUAUGGAUGAAAUUGAUGCCAUUGGUGGGCGAAGAUUUUCAGAAGGUACUUCAGCUGAUAGAGAAAUUCAAAGAACACUCAUGGAAUUAUUGAAUCAAAUGGACGGUUUUGAUUCUCUGGGGCAGGUGAAAAUGAUUAUGGCAACCAACAGACCUGAUACAUUGGAUCCUGCUUUAUUACGUCCUGGCAGGUUGGAUAGAAAAAUAGAAAUUCCAUUGCCAAAUGAGCAAGCACGUCUUGAGAUUUUGAAAAUUCAUGCCCUUCCUAUUGCCAAGCAUGGUGAAAUUGAUUAUGAAGCUAUAGUUAAAUUAUCUGAUACAUUUAAUGGUGCUGAUUUGAGAAAUGUUUGUACUGAAGCAGGUUUGUUUGCAAUAAGAGCUGAAAGAGAAUAUGUUAUACAAGAAGACUUCAUGAAAGCAGUUAGAAAAGUAGCAGAUAACAAGAAACUUGAGAGUAAAUUAGAUUAUAAACCAGUGUAAACUUAGUUUUUUUAUUGUGCCUAAUCUAAGAUUUUUUUGCUAUUAAAAUUUAAUAAAAUAUCUUUUGACUUUAAUAAAUAA